AUGACGAACACCACAGACACAGAGCCCGUGCAUAGCAUCAAGAACGUUAACCAAGACAAGCGAGUGGACAGAGCAGUUGGGCUCUAUAAAAAGGUUGUGGCUGUUUUCUACUACUCUUUGAAAAAGAAACGGGACCUUGCAGCUGCUCAGGACGAGUUUCACUUUCCAAAGCACAAGCUCAUCAGUGAAACACCAACAAGAUGGGGCUCCUGUCAACAAAUGGUGAAGCGGGUUCUAGAGCAGAAAAGGGCCAUCACAGAGGUCUUCUCAAAGGACAAGAAGACCAGGUCACUGGUUCCUACGUGGCAAGAUGUGGACGUUUUAGAGUCUAUAGAUUCAGCUCUAAGCCCACUCCUUGAAUUCACUGAUGCCUUGUCCGUGUGCUAUAUUGACUGUAGCUUUGACAGCAACCUUUGCAGCUGGAAUCAGAUGAUCACAGAUGCUUUUGACUGGACAUGGAAAAAUGGUUCCACCCCCACCCUGAUGACUGGGCCGUCUGCUGACCACACUGGUGAUGGCCACUAUCUUUACAUUGAGGCCAGUAGUGUGUCAUAUGGGGACACUGCCCGACUCAUCAGCUCUGAGUGUUCUGACUCUGGUCCUCAGUGUCUGCAGUUCUGGUACCAUAUGCACGGUUCAGCCGAUACAAUGGGCCUUCAUGUCUACUUGUUCCAGGACAGACUGGCUGAUGCUGUUUGGUGGAAGAGUAAUGAUCAAGGAAAUAUGUGGCACCUGGCUCAGGUGGACUUGACAACAACUGGAGCUUUCCAGAUAAUUUUUGAGGGGCGAAGAGGUUCCAACAAUCAGUCUGAUGUGGCCAUAGAUGAUGUAUCUCUUUAUCAUGGGCACUGCAGAGACCUGGCUAAACCAACAACCCCUGCUCCCACAACCUUCAAUCCAGUUGCAACAGAAGGUCCAGAGAUUCCUCCAGUGAACAGCUCAACCGCUGCACAACCACAAACAUCUACUUCAUCAAAACCACAGACACCAUCGCACACACAGCCACAGCCACAAACAACAACUAGCCCACCAACCACAGCUCAGCCACAGCCACCAACCACAACAAGACCCCACCCUUCAACUGAAACUGAACCACAGCCACCAACAACAGUUAGACCACAACCACCAACCACACCUGUACCAACACCCUCUUGCCCAAAGAACAGUCACUACACCACUUGUAUGCCUGCCUGCAGUCCAACCUGUACAUACUUGAACGGUCCACCAAACUGCAGGGACAAUAUGGGUUGUGUGAAGGGAUGUGUAUGUGAUGAAGGCUUUGUGCAGAAAUUGAUGGUUUGUGUGCCGAUACAACACUGUGGAUGUGUGGAUGGGAGUGGCACCAAACAUCAGUUCAAUAAAGUGUGGUACACCAAUCACUGCAGUGAGAAAUGUAAAUGUAAGAAAAACAAGGGCGUGGGGAAGAUUGACUGCGAUGACAAAUAUGAGUGCAAACGAAAUGCUGUCUGCCUUCAAAACAAGGAGGGCCAUUAUUACUGCCAGUCUACAGGUUUCAGUAAGUGCACUAUCAAGGGAGACCCUGAAUACAGAACCUUUGAUAAAAUGACGUAUGGCUUUGAGGGUGAGCACUCGUAUGUGCUGGUCAGGACCAACAACUUGCCAAGUAACCUUCCAGAUGUCUACAUCGAGGGCAUCAAUACACACACCACACAUGAUGACGAUGAUAGUCCGCAUCAUGAUGACAGUAGUGGUGAAGUAGAACACAGAGGCAGAGAGGAAGAUGAAGAUGACGAUGAAGAUGACGAUGAAGAUGAUGAUGAUGAUGAUGAUGAUGACAAACGUGAUGCCCAUAGUGAAGUUCAUAAGGAACACCACAGAAUACAAGAGCUUAAGAUCAGAGUGUACAAUCACACUGUGGAGUUCAAGGAGAAUCGGACACUGGCUGUGGACGGAACAAUAACUAAUACUCCCGUCUCACCCACUGCUGGUCUAAAAAUCUGGGAGCAGUCCUCUCGCAUCUACCUGAAGACUGAUUUUGGCCUCUCAGUGGUGUUCAGCGGACACACAACAGAGAUCAUUCUACCAAACAUAUAUAAAAGGACGGUGGGGGGUCUGUGUGGGAACUUUGACGGUUUGAAGUGGAAUGACUGGGUGAAGCCAGAUGGUACCAGAGCCAAGUGCAUUCAAGAGUUUGGAGACAGCUGGAGAGUGUGAAUCACAUCAGAUGGAUGUGAGGAUGAAACACAACAGCAUAGAGGUUUUGAUCAUUUGUAGACACAUUGCUGUGACAGUUUAAAACAAAUCUCCACACUGACAAUAUAUUCACCUUAUGAAAUUAUAACAGACAGAAUUAAUGCAGAUUUUGUUUCAUCCUUAGACAAGACAGGUUCUCCAAAACCUGCGCCGCCAAACAUGACUUGGCAUCACCUUGACCAGUGGCAAUGAUGUCCAGUUUUCUUCACUGUUGCUCCAGCUUUUCAGGACCAUACAUACGGGACAUUGACAAAUUUUUGCUGUUAUUCACAAUGUAUAUCGUAGUAAAAAGACUUAACUACUGCACCUAUAUUAUUCUGCCAAUUUGAUUCAAAAAUCAGAUGUCUACCUUUCAGAUGUAUUUUUUAAAAGUUACUAGCUGUUUCAAGAAAAACUGUGUUAUCAGACUUUACUGCAUGCAUCCUUUCCAUGCAUACUAUUUAGACAAAGGUGCUAUUCAUAUACAGCUACUGUACACCUAUAUUACAAAGUAAUGGCCAUAUUAUUGUGAAACAAAACCUACAAUACUGUGUGUUUAAAUCAUUAUAAUGCAUGACUACAAAUUGAUUAUUUAUCGCCAUAUGAUACUGCUGAAAAGAAAUUCAAUGUGCAAUAAUUGUUGCUUGCACUUGGUCAUAAUGUGUAUUUGAAUGUCAGUGCAUUG